GAUGGCGGACGAUGCGAGAAAUGUUGAUCAACAAAAACUCUCAGAUAUUGUGAAGGGAUUACACAGUAGACUAAGGAAACAGUUGAGAAAAGCUGAUGGUGACUACCAAAAAGUGUGGGACCAACACUGUGCAGACAAGGCAAGAUUAGAGGAAUAUGCUUCAGCUAUGCACAUGUUAGCUGUCAAUCACUGGACAAAGCAGGCCCCUGAGGGGAGGGUUGAGUGGUGUUAUCAGACUGCAACUGAAUUCUUUAGAGGGGGAGGACUGAGGAAGCUUAUGGAGAAGCAAAAGAGGAAACAACAGUUUCAUGAAGAUUUGAAAGAGUGUUGCUGUUGUUUUGUAACAGAUGAUACUGAUAGAUGUUCUGUGUCAAUAUAUCCUUCAGCCCAUGAAAAAUUAUUUCUCCUUGAUGUUGGUAGUUGUUUCAAUCCAUUUGCUGUUUAUGAAGAUGUUUUUCCUAUAGCUAUUGACUUGCAACCGGCAGAUUCAAUAGUUUACCAAUGUGACUUUCUCAAUCUGGAAAUUCAAGAUUUGCCUCCCACAAGAAAAAAAAAAUGUGCUUGUGUUGUCUGUAUUAAAAUGAAAGACAAUGACUUGGAACCACAAUGCUCCACAAGGGAUCACUUUGAAUUAAAUUAUGUGCACAUGACAGGUUCUGGAAGGGAAAGCACUGAAACUUCACUUCAAUCUGAUAAACUGAAAGUAAACGAUGACAAUGCAUACUCAGCGAGAGAUUAUCUUAAAGAGAAAGCUGAAAUACUGCUUUUAAAAAGCUAUUUAAAAGAAGGAAAACAAGUAAAGACUCUUCCUUCAGAACUGUUUCACAUUGUUGUGUUCUCUCUUCUCCUGUCAUAUUUCCCUUCUGCUGCUCAAAGAUGGACUUGUUGUCGCCAAGCGCAUCAACUGUUACGACCAAAUGGGCUUCUUCUCAUUAUCACACCAGACUCAAGCCAUCAAAACAAGAACGCAGCUAUGAUGAAAUCUUGGAAGACUGGGGUUGAGUCGUUAGGAUUUGUUCGAUGGAAGUAUGAGAAACACACUCAUCUUCAUUGUAUGGCUUUUCGUAAGGUGGCACCAUGCCAUUACUGUAACCGUGACAAUGGCCAUGCAGAAAUGAUGUACAUUCCGCAAGAUUUUCAAGAAGAAGAAGAUGAGAGUUAUUUGGGUUGUUCACAAAAUGAAGAGAACGAGUCCGUCGUAAUGGAGUAUUUAAGUGAGCUUCCAGACUUAUGAAAGAAACAACAACA